CGUGCGCCGCUCGCGGCGCGACAUGGGCGGCUGGCCGGGGUUGGAAGAAGGAGCUCGAGAUCGUCUGCGAGGCCUCGGGUCGUCGGCGAGAUCGUCCGCGAGCGCGGCGGCGGCGACGUUCGGCACGCCGCCCAUGGCGGCCAUGGCGGCCGGCGGCGGCGCGGGGAACUGGCCGGGCUGGAAGGGCGUGAGCACCUGGGGCGCGCCCAUCGGCGGCGGCGCGCCGCCCAUGAACGGCGGCGGGAAGCCGCCCGGCGGCGGGAAGCCGCCGCUGCCGCCCCAGGGCGGCGGCGCCAUCAUGCCGCGCGGCGGGCCGCCGGGGCCGCCCCACGGCGGCGGCGCGCCGGGGCCCGAGGAGGACGGAAUUUGGUACCUCGCGACGGCACUGCCCAACAGCACGGUCGCGGGGUGGACGUACACCGCCUUCAUGAAGGACAAACCCGGGGUCAGGGCGCCCUGCGCGGCGCUCUUCGGGAAGGCCGCGCGCGCGAGGUUCGGCGCGUCGGGCGACACGAUCGUCUUCGCGGUCCCCUCCGGCGGGCGCGAGACUCCCGACCCGCUCGGGCGCCCGGUGGCCCUCGCGACCGCCGUAGCGUCGGCGAUCGAUGGCGUCGUCCACCCGCUGCUCUCGCGCCGCCCCGGCGUCAAGAAGCUGCCGUCGAGCGGCGGCCGCCCUGCUCGCGUCGCGCACCUCCGGAACGCGUCCUUCGUCUCCGACGCGGCCCGCGAGUACAUCAAGCAGGCUUUCGCCGCCGGCAAACGCCGGAUCCUCGGCGUCGACGACGACUCCUGGACCAAGGCGACGCGCGACGAGGCCGUCGGAGCGCUGCGCGCCGCCAUCGAGUCCCUCGGCCUCAGCGGCUCCAUGGUCGUCGAGUUCGCGGUGCUGUUCCGCAAGGUCGGCGACGCGUUCUCGCGCAUCUGCGCCGUCGCCGCCGAGGACGAGGAGCGCUGCGAGAAGAACGGGCACGUCGUCGUCAUCUACCGCACGGGCGGCCGCGAUCGGGCCACGCGCAUCCUCCACCUCUACCUCGGCUCGCAUGCCGUGCCCAAGGGCAAGUGGUCCGGCGACCUCAAGGCGCUGGUCCUCGCGCUCCUCGCCAAGGGCGACGCCGAGGCGAUCCUUCAGUGCGUCGAGCUCGUGUCCAAGCGCGAGGGCGAGCACCGCGACGACGUCGCGGCGGGCCGGCACUCGUCGAUCCAGGACUUCUACAACGAGAACGGCGGCGCGGACGCCGUCGAGCUCGAGCUCGUCAUGCUCAUCUUCGCGCGCGCCGACGAGACGCGCACGGAGUUGAAGAUCGCGGGCCUCGACUACGAGCAGGUCGGCAUCGACGACCUCGGCGAGCUCCAGGAGGCCGGCGAGCUCGUGCGCAUGAACGCGUCGUCGAAGGCGACGGGCUGCCCCUUCGACGGCAUGAAGGUCGUGGACAAGGAGACGGGCAAGACGGUGCCCGUGAACCUCACGCAGAAGGCGUUGCGGAAGAAGAAAGCGACGCGCGACGCGUGGACGCCCCAGGAGCGCGCCAUGAACUCGCAGAACAACUCGUUCGGCCAGCUGCUGGCCAACGCGAAGAAGCGCGGCGACGCCGCGGGCGAGGCCGAGCUCAAGCGGCAGGACGAGUUCUGGUCGGAGCACGCGGCGACGGCGACGCGGCUCGACGUCGCGGUCCCGGACGUCGUCUGGUGGCGCCGGGAUCCGGCGGCCGCGGCGGCGGCGCUCGACGUCGACGUCUCCGAGCUCCGCGACGACGAGGAGAUCGUCGCGGCUCUAGAGGAGCACGCGCGCGCGGCGGCCGCGGAGAAGGCGCGGCGCGCGGCGGCCGAGGAGCAGGCGCGCGCGGCCGCGGCCGAGGAGAAGGCGCGCGCGGCGGCCGAGGAGAAGGCGCGCGCGGCGGCUGAGAAGAAGGCGCGCGCGGCGGCCGAGAAGGAGGCGCGCGCGGCGGCCGAGAAGAAGGCGCGCGCGGCGGCCGAGGCCGAGGCGAAGGCGCGGCGCCCGGCGGCCGAGGCCGAGGCGUGGCGCGCGGUCGAGGUCUACUGCGAGAGCAAGAUGCUCCCCCUCGCCAUCCACGACGUCGACCCCGUCUUGGUCGGGCCGCUCCGCGUCCGGGUCUUAGCCCGCCUCGUCCUCACGGCGCUUCACGGCGGCGCCAAGGCGCGGAAGCGGAAGCGGAACUGCGAGGGCUACUCGCCCAAGUGGCUCGAGGCGGCCGCGAGCUGGUGCCGCAGCCGCCUCGUCCGCGCCGACGAGGGCAAGGUCCACGUCGACGUCCUGCGCGACAUGUUCUUCUCCGACCCGGCCUUCUUGGCAAUCGUGCCGACGCUCAUCGACGACGGCGAGGACCCCGAGCUCUUCUUCGACGGCCUGCAGAACCCGAAGUCGGCCGCGUCGACGAAGUUCCGCAGCGAUGCCCUGGAGCCCGUCGUCGGCAAGGCGUCCGUGCGCGACGGCUGCCGCGUCGGCGGCGUCAAGAAGCUCGGCGUCUUCGGCUGGCGCAUCGACGACGGCGCGGCCGCGCUCGACGGCGCGGCGUCGCCGCCGCCGCCCGCGGCGCUCGGCCGCGCGCCCGCCGCCGACGGCGGCGAGGUGCUCCUCCGCGCCGACGCGGCGCCGGACGCGAUGGACCUCGACGACGCGUCGUUGCCCCCGGCGCCGCCGGACGCGCCGACGGCCGACGCGCCGCCGGCGGAGCCGCGCGUCGCGCCGCCGCCGGCCGAGCCGCUGGGCCCGGCCUUCGAGGCGCCCACGGCCGCGCCGUCGACGGGCUGCGCGCCGCCGUCGCCGGGCGGCGGCGCGCCGUCGGCGUCGCCCGUCGCCGCGCCGUCGCCGCGGGGCCUCGCGAACAUCACGAACGUCGCGACGGUCGACGCGCAGAUGGUCGACGCGUCGCCGCUCAAGCUGUCGCUCGUGAGCGUCGGCCGCCGCGACCGGGGCAUGGAGCACGCCCUCGGCGCGAUCAACAUCCUCGGCCGGAGCAGCGAGAGCGACGCGUCGGACCCCAAGAAGCUGCCGCUCGGCGUCGACUUGGGCGAGACGAACAUCUCGCGCAAGCAGUGCACGCUCAAGCGCCGCGGCGACGGCGCCUACGUGGCGACGACGUUCGGCUCCAACUCGACGGGCGUCGUCCCCGGCGGCAAGCGGCGGCGCACGCUCCUCAACCCGGGCGCGAGCCGCGCGCUCGAGCUCGGCGACGUCGUCGUCCUCGACAUCUUCGAGGAGCACCAGUCCGACGUGAUGGACUACUCCUUCGCCUACCAGCUGCGGCCGCGGGGCGGCGUGAUGGACGACGGCUAAGCCGGCGCGGAGAAGCCGGCGACGGACGAGACGACGGCGAGGGACGAGACGACGGCGACGGGCGAGACGACCACGACGGACGAGACGACGACGACGGACGAGACGACAGCGGACGAGACGACGACGACGGACGAGACGACG